AUGGUGUGUGACAGUGUGGACUGUGAUAAUGGAUGGUGUGACAGUGUGAACUGUGAUAAAGGAUGGUAUGACUGUGUGAACUGUGAUAAAGGAUGGUGUGACAGUGUGAACUGUGAUAAAGGAUGGUGUGACUGUGUGAACUGUGAUAAAGGAUGGUGUGACAGUGUGAACUGUGAUAAUGGAUGGUGUGACAGUGUGAACUGUGAUAAAGGAUGGUGUGACAGUGUGAACUGUGAUAAAGGAUGGUGUGACAGUGUGAACUGUGAUAAAGGAUGGUGUGACAGUGUGAACUGUGAUAAAGGAUGGUGUGACAGUGUGAACUGUGAUAAAGGAUGGUGUGACAGUGUGAACUGUGAUAAAGGAUGGUGUGACAGUGUGGACUGUGAUAAUGGAUGGUGUGACUGUGUGAACUGUGAUAAAGGAUGGUGUGACAGUGUGAACUGUGAUAAAGGAUGGUGUGACAGUGUGAACUGUGAUAAAAGGAUAAUGGUGGACUGUGUGGACUGUGAUAAAGGAUGGUGUGUGACAGUGUGGACCGUGAUAAUGGAUGGUGUGACAGUGUGA